CCGAAUCACCACCGAAAUAGUAGAGGCCAGCUUGCCCGAAGGCUGAGAUAUAUAACCUUUCUUCGCUCCACAUCCCCCCACCACUAUCGGCCGCCAUCCCACUUUACAUCUCUCAUCCGGAGCUGCCGGUUUCCCAAACCUCAGAAACAUUCCUCGUUGUAUCACACAUACAUACAUACAUACAGACCAAUCAUCACCUCAACAAUGGGCUUCACAACGCACCUCUACGCCCUAUGCAUAAUCAAUGCCGUUCUCGCAACCCUCACGAUCUUCAGCCCCGUGUGCCUGUUCACUCUUCCGCCGGUCCCGCAGCUAGCGGAGCUCACGGGCCUGAAGAUGCCGUGGCCAUCGCACUCGCACGAGAUCGGGCUCGGCCUGACGAUGUACAUGCUCGUCGUCUUCUACUGGUGGGGCGCCACGAACAGGAUCAGGAGUGUCCGGACUUGUGCUUUGGUCGGGAUGAUGAUAUACGCCGACGGGUCCCUCCUGACGUGUCUGCUGGUGCCGGAUAUAGAGGGUGGUGUGGUCUUCCUCAUCACUGCUGUGCUUUACCUGCUGCUCUGUGGUUGGAUGUUGAUGGAGGGCGGAGUGGCAGAUGAGGUUAAGGAGUUUGUCACAGGAGGUAUGAGAGAGGUUAAGAGGCAUUAGGUGUGGGAGGGAGCUGUUUGUAUGAUUCAUUGAGCUAGGACAUGGGAGGGGGGGGAAUUUGGCUUGUUGGCGUACAUUUAUCUGGUCGGUGGGAUUCCCGGUGGCUUUUUUUUGGUUUUAUUUUCACAGGUACAUGCUGUUUCCGACCUUUAUGAAUCAUGACAGAUCAUUCAACCGAGUGAGACAUCCGGUGUUGAUUGUCUCAUGUUUGUCUGAUUCAUCCUUCACAGAUAUCACUCGUUUGCUGGUUUCCUUGUCACGCGUUUGUUUCACUGUUUGUCAUGUGUUUGUUUCUUCUCACGGCCGACUUGUGGAUUGCUCAUUUCUCAUGUUAUAACAGUUGAUUGCUCUCUUUUCUGUACGAUUAAUGAUCUGCUGUGUUGACACCUAUAAAAGGGUCUUAUCCUGCCCACUAGCUAGACUUCAUCUUAGAUAUAUCGUUCGGUCGAAUAUCAUCACGCAUAUCCACCA